AUGAUUACAAUUGAUAUAAAGAUUCGUUUAAUUAAAGAAAGUUUUAUUUUUUCACAGUUUGGUGAGAAAAUUCUUGAAAAUUUUCGUUUAAAUCCGUAUUAUCCAUUUACAUAUACUCAAUCAUUUACAUUUGAAUAUAAAUAUCGUCGCUGGUCAACAAUUUAUUUCAUAAUUAUUAUACAAAUAUUAAUAUUUGUAUUAACUCUAUAUUGUUAUUAUCAUUUUCAUAUAAAUGAAUAUUGGAUAUCAGGUUCUGAAUUUCUAUUAUUAUUUACAUUUGGACUUUUAACAAUAUUUUUAUGUUUAAAUCUUAUUGAAAAUUUCAAACAAAGACGUAUUGUUUUAUCUCCAAUUGAUUUUCAUGUAUCAAUCUAUAUAAAUAAUAGAUUAAAACAGCAAUGUUCAAUUGAUCGUGUGUAUAUAUGUUUACAUGAAAUUAAAUCUUAUAAUAUACUUCUUUAUCAUCUUGCAUUUAUUAUUGAAGAUAUUGAUUUUAUUAAAAUAAGUGAUUAUUUUUAUUGUAAAUUUCACUUACGACAAAUUGGAAAAUGUUUAGCAAAAAAUUUAUACAUUAAUUAUUUAGAAAGUCAAUAUUGGAUUGGUGUAUUUCCUAAAUAUAAAAAAUUAAAAAAUUAUAUUAAAAAAAAACAACAAACAGUGAAUCAAAAUUAUAAUACAGAUCAUCGAUUAAUGAUUCAAAAUAAUAAUAAUUUUCAACGAAAGCGAAAUAUUCAAUCAGAUAUAAUUAUCAAUUUAUGA